CUUAUUUCAUUUGAACAAGUGUUGACAUCUAUAUUUUGACUAAACAGCCAGGCAUGGAUGGACGCAAUUGCUAUUCUGAUGAGCACUAUUUGCCCUCUUUUUUCAAUAUGGUCGAUCCAGCUGGAAUUGCAAAUUGGUCAGUAACACAUGUUGAUUGGUCAGAACGGAAAUGGCAUCCCAAAUCAUAUCAAGCGCAGGAUGUUACCUAUGAGCUGAUCAGAAAUAUUACAUCUAUUACAGAUAGUGUGCAUGUUACAAGUGAUGAAAAGAUGGAAAUUCAGAUUAGACCUUGCUUGUGGAAUGGAAACCAACGACCAUGUUACUUGUUUGCAAGGAAAUUUUUACCCGAAACUAUAGAUAAACUGAUGCUCCUUUACCCCAAUUAUACAUCUUCUAAUUAAGUGGGUUGAUAUCUUCAUAUUGAUUCUUUGGUCGAUUCAAGACUUGCAUUCGGCCCCAUUUUUCUCCAUUUUACGCGUAGCUUCUACUGUUCUGGUUACAUAUGAUUGAGAGCUCCCCAAGUUGGCUCGUCAUUGAGUGGCACGACCAUGAAGGUGAUGUUGAACCAAGCUGGAGUGAGUGUUGCCGCCAAUGUUGCUUCAUGUUUAAUUUUCUCCCCCAUUUUGUGCAAUUUAUUGAACAUUGACCUAAAGGAGUUACAAAUAUGGACUUUACAGUAAUAGCUUUCAUCUUUUUUC